AUGAGCGAGGAUUGGGUCAGGAUACCGCUGAAUUGCGAGGGAACCGAAAGCGUUUCCGCGGGCGCUGAGCUCGUCGAGCUGACCGUGGAGAGAGAGGUGAAUGAGUCGGAGGCGCUGCUAACGAUGCUCGAAGGGAAGGUUAUCACGACCGAGGACGAUGCGCUUUGGAAACGGCUACUAGAUGCGGAUGAGCUGCCGGACAAGGAGGUUCUGGAUGAAGCAGCUGACGAGACGCCGGAAAUGGUUGCGGUCACAGACCCGUUCACCGAAGAGGUGAUCGCACUAGAUGCACUAGAUGACGUUCCGGUGGCAGAUGUGCUCCCGGAUGAGGUAUUACCCGACGCAACAGAUGCACUAGACGAUGUUCCGGCGGCAGAUAUACUCCCUGACGAGGUGUUGCCCGACGCAGAGGUUAUCACACCAGACGCACUAGAGGCGAUACCGGACGUCACUCCGGACACUGAGGAUGAAACACCAGAGGGUAACGACGUGACGGUGCCAGAAACGGUAGUGCUGGUCCCCGUGCCUGAGAGAAUGGAGGACAGGAUCGACGAAAGUCCGCUAGUGGGCAAACUGAUACUUGGAAGGGAAAUCCCCGUGAAUGAGACACUAGACGCAGUAGCCGAACCAGAGCUGUCAACGCUCGUUAGGGAGCCGCUCACUGAGGUGGGCUGCGCCGCCGCCGAAGCCGGGUUAGACGUCGGUGCACUGGCGCCGCUCGAUAAUACAGAGCUUGGGAAGAGUGGGAUCGACAAGGUAGAGCUUGGUAAGAUUGGCGGAAUCGACAGGAUAGAACUUGGUAAGAUUGGCGGAAUCGACAGGAUAGAACUUGGUAAGAUUGACGGAAUCAACGUCGGGAUAAUCGAGCUGAGAGCGAUCGAUGUUGGGAUGAUGGGGGGUAUCGACAACGGAUUCGAAGGCGAAAGCGUAGCUGUAUCAGUCGCGGAGGUCGGAGUUCCGCUCGAUGCUUCACUCGGGGAGCUCGCAGAUAUGCCAUCUGCGGAGGUCGGGAUACCACUCGGAGUGUCGACGGCGGAGCUCGUGGAUGCAUCCGUAGGCGUUGACGAAGGUGCCCCUGUGGGUACGCUCGACACGUCGGUCGGAGAAGACGUCGGGGGCGGGGUGUUAACGGCACUGGUGAUCGCAGACGCUGCGCUGGUGACGAUAGAACCGACAUCAGAAGUAACAGUCGAAACAAUCGAGCCGACAUCAGAAGUCAAUGUUGACGCGGCCUGGCCAACAUCAGAUGUAACUGCGCUAACCACGGAGCUCAAAUCUGAAGUGACUCCCCCCACGACCGAGGUUAGGCCACCAACAAUGCUCGUCAGGGGGUUUGCGGGUGGGGUUGUGGUUGCUGCUGGGACGGAUGAGUCUGUCGGUGUAGAUGACGCGGUAUCCGUGGGAGAAGGUGCGGGCGACGUAGGCGUGUCCGUGGGCAAAGGUGACACAACAGAGCUGUCCGUAGGCGUAGCAGUAUCCGUAGGCGACGGAGCAGUACUGUCCGCGGGAGACGAAGCAGCGCUGACCGUAGAGGGCGAAGUGGAGCUAUCUGUGGGCGGCGAAGCGGAACUGUCCGUAACUGACGAAGCAGCAGUAUCUGUGGGUGAGGACGUCGCUGCACUACUAUCGGUCGUGGAUGGGGUGCUCGGCGCAGGCGUCGAAGUGAGGUCUCCAAGAGCAGAAGUAACACCGCCGACAACGGAUGUCAGGCCGUUACCGAGGCCACUGCCCAGCGAGGACAGACCGUUCCCGAUGCCGGAAAGAGGAUCCGAAGGUGGUGUCGCGGUGACAGGAGGCGCGGUAGACGAUAUGUUGUCCGUACCAGACGCAGCUGGGCUAUCCGUUGUAGUUGCUGAGUCCGAGGAUACAGUCGAAGUCGCACUGUCCGAAGAUACAGCCGAAGUCGCACUAUCCGAUGGUGUGGGCGAUGCAGAUCCACUGGAUGCAGCAGACGCGUCUGAGGGAGACGCGGAGUCCGUGGCGGUCGCGCUGGGACUCGCAGAGUCAGUCGGCGUCGCAGACGUGGACACAGAAUCUGUGCUCGGCGCAGAUACGGAAUCCGUGCUCGACGCGGUCGAAGGGCUGGUAUCGGUCAACGUAGCGGAACCCGAGCCGGUGGCAGAUGCGGAGUUGGUGGCGGAUACGGAGUCGAUGGCAGAUACGGAGUCCGUGGGGAUCACGGCAGAAUUCAGAGACGUGGAACUUGCGGGGACCAAUGCAGUCGUGCCCAAACCCAGUGAAUCGCCCAAACCUUGCAGUCCUUGA